AGAAGAACGUUCUUGUUAUCGAAAUGCAGCGAGAGCAGUGACAUGCUAUGGAAGUUGAAUGAUAGGCGAAUAUAAGUCCUAAUUCACAAAGUAUGUAUGUAUGACACACUGCCUUAUCAAAUUGGAUCCUACAGGACUGUGGGCGGGCAGCUGUGUUUGGUCACUGCGUUAUUUAACGUGAGCUGGCUGCAGAGGUUUGAUCGUUAGCUCGCUAUCUGCUGCUACAACUCUGCAUUUGUUCGCCGCGAUCAUGAGCGAAGAUGACAGCUCGGCAUCAGCGAACAAAGACAAGGACUCGACUCUGUUGCUCACUAAAGAUGGACAAAGGUACUACGUGAGUAAGAGCGGAGUGGUCGACAGCAGGAAUGUGAUAACACCGCACGAACCGGAGAACAACGUCUCCUCGUACGAGAUGGACGACCUGGACGAGGAGAGCGACGUCCUGGACACGUCGGAUCCCAGAGACAGCGCCGCCAGCCCGGAGGAACUCAACGACGAGGAGACCUCCGAGGGCGACAACGCGCCCAAACAGUGCACCUAUGACGGGUGCACGGAGACCACGACGCAGGUGGCCAAGCAGAGGAAACCCUGGAUGUGCAAAAAACACCGCAACAAGAUGUACAAAGACAAGUACAAGAAGAAGAAGAGUGAUCAGGCCAUGUCCAGUGGAAAACUUGAUGAAAACUCAGAGGAGCGGCCUGUGUCCGUGAACAAACAGCGUCUGGGUGCCAUGGGUGACCGGCCAGCUCGACCCUCCCUGAUAGAGCAGGUCCUCAACCAGAAAAGACUGUCACUGCUCAGAAGUCCUGAGGUGAUCAGCUUCCUGCAGCAGCAGCAGCAGCUCCUCGCCACACAGAACCGCGGCCAAUCACAGCAGCAGUUCCAGGGCUGUUGACGCCGGUCCGUCAGUGUUUGACUUUGUACUUGUGAUGAUGCAUAGAGAGCGCUGAUGAAACACUGGCACGUCAUGCGUAAAUGGAUAGUAACCGCGUAGAGCCGAAGAAAGAAUAACAUGGUCAUCAAGAGACGUCGUAAAGGCGUAGUGAGACUGGUGGGCUAAACUAGGUGAACUGAUCUAAACCCCCCCCCCCCAAA